CGAGCUACAAAUAUCAGACGCUAUCUUUUUGAGGUCUCGCUAAAUUGUGCACAGUUGGAGUGUGUGUUUAGUGUGUUUGCGGAAAAGAAAGAGUGAAAGUAAAGAUGGACACUGAACAGGUGAGAAGGAGAAUGAACAUGAUUGCCGGUCACUUUGCCACCAACGAUGAUGUAUCUGCCACUGCCACCCACGUCUUCCCUUUGAAUUGCAGUAGCAGUUUAAAUGCUGUCAUCCGGAGGUGUGAUAACAGAAUUUAUUUUGCGAGGCAAGGGUCUAAUUCUCAAGGUUGCUUCAUGAGGCAGGUUUCAAAUGAACAGAAUUGCAGUAGCAGUUUAAACUCUGUCAUCCGGAGGUGUGAUAACAGAAUGUAUUUUGGAAGGCAAGGGUCUAAUUCUCAAGGUCGUUUCAUGAGGCAGGUUUCAAAUGAACAGUCUGGCAUCCCACUCAAGUGCACCGGUUCUGCAAAUGAGAGCUCUUCUAAUUCUUUUGAGACACCCCUGUUUUCUAGACCUGCUAGGAUGGAACCCAACUUCCCUAAUAUCGGAGUAAUCCAACCUAUGGUGCAAGACUGCAAAUUACCUGCACCUGAGCCACCGAUGCUUGCCAGACCAAAUAAAAGAAUUAGCAGAAGGAAGCAGUUCCACUCCAAGAAGAAAAUUCACGCUUUUGAAUUGAAUGGAUUUGAAUGGUCCCCAAGAAUGGAUGUUGCAGAAUCUGGAUGCAAUUAUAUAAUUACAGUAGAGCUUCCAGGUGUUGGCAUUAAUGACAUUAGAGUGGAGGUCAAUGAACAAAAUUUAACUGUGGCGGGUAAACGCUCAACCCAGUGGUGGAAAGUGGAAAGUUGUUCAAAUGAUUUAAUCUCUGCAUAUCACAAGAGGGAGAUUUUACAAGGUCCUUACCAGGUUGUGUGGCCACUUCCCCCUAAUGUGAACAAGGACUGUGUAUCGGCUGAGUUUGUGGAUGGGUUUCUACGUAUCAUCAUUCCCAAACUUUGAGAAGCCAGACGGUAUAAAUGUCUUUUUAAUUGUAACUAAUGUUUAUAUGAUGUACUAGAUGGAGGGGGGUGAGUACACUCUUCAGUGUCAUAUAUAUACAUAUAUAGAGAGAGAGAGAUUGAGAGAGAGAGAGAUUGUAUUGGAUUCUUCAUAUGUGUGUGUGUGUGUGUGUGUGUGUGUGUGUGUGUGUGUGUGUGUGUGUGAACAUGCUUGCUAUUGUCAGUUGGGAGCUGCUUAAGUAAUCUUCGAUUAUGGCCUUGUAAGAAUGUUGUUUGAUUUUAGAGAGGCUAAAAAAAAUGAAUAAUAAGAGUUGGACCUUCAUUUA